UCAACGUUACACGAAUACCUCAUUAGUUGAGACAGUUUGACUUCCUGUAACGGGGAGGAGCUGCUGCUUAUCGUGGAUAUAAACAUAUAUCUCUGCGUUUUGGUUUGAGUUCGCCUGGUCGUUACUGAACAGGAUGAUCGAUGUGCGAGCAUGGGCAGAGUAUGUAGUGGAGUGGGCUGCCAAAGACCCCUAUGGGUUCCUCACAACUGUCAUACUGGCUCUUACCCCUUUCUUCAUUGCCAGUGCACUGCUGUCUUGGAAACUGGCCAAGAUGAUCGAGGCACGUGACCGUGAGCAGAAGAAGAAGCAGAAGCGUCAGGAAAACAUAGCUAAGGCCAAGAGGACCAAGAGAGACUGAGCCCAUUGGGGGUACGAUGAGGGAUGAACAGCCAUCACGCCCACAGCCCUCUUUAGUCCAAAUGACACGGUGCUGUUCUUUAUCCCAGCCCUGCUGUCAACACAGGGCUACUACGCCUCAUGUCCAGAAGGAUGGACGCUGGCCCAUGCAGACCUGACAGGGCUGAGAUGGACAUUACAGCCUAGAGGAGGCUUGCCCCAGUGGGACUUUGAUCAGCUAGAGCUCAGUGGUCAUCGAUUUGAUGUUUUUAUACAGAAAUUUCUUGUAAUAUUGUGCACCUGUUGCAACACCUUACAUUCCAUUGUUAACAUCCCAGUUUUGCCAAAUUGACUAGAAGAUAAAAUUUGUAUAUUGGAAACUCACUUGCAAACUAACCAAAUUACUUUCUGGCCAAUAAAGUUUUCAAGAUUGAUUUAAAAAAAA